CACAGCCGAAAGGAAAUCCAUCCGGCCGAGUUGGUCAUACCCAUCGCUCUCUGUGGCUGUGGCGGACAACUCGUCCUUGUCAUGGCGGUCUCACGAGCGUCUUCUGCAGCCGUUGCUGCUCCUCCUCCUCGUCUGCCGCCUGCUGCUGCGAAGAAGGGCUUCCUUCGCCGCGUUCUACCCUUCAUGCUCACCGCCAAUCUUGCUGUCGGAGUGUACGCAUUUCUUAGCACAUCAAAGAAUGAGUCAGUUGAGAAGGAUGCAGAGGUUGCGGGAGAGGUUCUGGCUGCCCCAGUAGCUGCCACCGAAUCUGUGAUUCCUGAUGCGAAACCUGUUGCUGGACCUGUUCCAGCACCCAUGAAGGUUCUGCCUCCUAUAGCAGAACAGGAGCAGCGAGAACUCUAUAAGUGGAUGCUGGAGGAGAAGAGGAAAGUGAAGCCGAGUGAUCGGGCCGAGAAGAAAAAAAUUGAUGAUGAGAAGGCUCUCCUCAAGCAGUUUAUUGGAGCAAAAUCUAUUCCCAGCAUAUAAAAAGCCUCAUCUUUCAUGAAUCCUCGAGCAUGUUGUUGUGCUUCGACCAAGCAUUGUGUCAUGUUAUCCUAAUACUUUUUCUGCGAUUCUGGCAGUACCGUGUAAGCUGAUUCUUUUGCACUGAAGUUUCAAAGGUGCUGCCUUGGAUCAAAUCUGUGCAAAUAUGCUCCGUGUUGUGAUCAUAAUUGAUAGACCUCUUGUUUUUUAUACUACUUUCUACCAAUGAGUUGCUUGUGUUAGAACAAGCUCUGUACCAGCCGGAUGUUCCAAUAAUUACAGAAAAUGAUCAAAGUUUGAGUA